CUCACUCCUUUCGGUUUGUCCGGACGAAUUUCCCGCGCCUCGUCUCCACUUUUCCCGCUCAGUAAACCCUAAUCCAAGAUGGGUCAGAAGCAACAAGCCUCUGCUGAUCCAGGUGCCGAGAUUAAGAAGAAGCGUCGCGUCGGAUUCUCCAAGAUCGAUACUGGUGUUGACGCGAAAGAAUGCAUCAAAAUCUAUCUUGUUUGUACAAAAGAGGAAGUGGGAAGUACAGAUAGUCUUUCUAUUGACCCAGUUGACUUGAACAGUUUCUUUGAUGAAGAUGGAAAGAUAUAUGGUUACCAAGGUUUGAAGAUUACAGUGUGGUUCAGUAUUGUCUCAUUUCAGUCCUAUGCCGAUAUUGUUUUCCAGAGUACAGCAGACGGUGGUAAGGGAAUUACAGAUCUGAAGUCUGUUCUUCAGAAUAUAUUUGCCGAGACUCUUGUGGACAACAAAGAUGACUUCCUUCAAACUUUUUCAAAGGAUGUCAAUUAUAUUGGAUCUCUUUCCGCAGAUGGAGAAGUAUUGCAUCCUAAAGCUUCCAAUGGGCAGUUUAACGAUUCUAAUCAUCAUUUACAUUCUGCCAAUUCUAAUUUGGAGGUCAUUCGAUUGCCUAUGGACAAUAUGGCUGGAAGAAACCUCUAUAGUCGCUUGGUACCUCUUGCUCUUCUUCUUAUUGAUGGCAGCAGCCCUAUCGAUGUUUCUGAUUCAAGAUGGGAGUUGUAUGUCCUUAUUCAGAAGAAAAAUAGUCAGCUGGGGCACACUCAUUCCACACUGCUUGGAUUUGCUGCCCUUUAUCGCUUCUACCAUUAUCCUGAUAGUUCUCGCUUGCGUCUCAGUCAGAUACUGGUACUCCCUCCUUACCAGCGUAAGGGUUUUGGGCGUUUCCUUUUAGAGGUGCUGAAUAAUGUUGCAGUAUCAGAAAAUGUUUACGACUUUACAAUGGAAGAGCCAUUAAAUCAGCUACUGCAGUUGCGAACUUGCAUCGACAUUAAACGCUUGCAGGGAUUCGAACCCAUCCAAGAAGCUGUUAAUUCUGCUGUUUCUCUAUUUAAACUAGGAAGACUAUCAAAGAAAGUGUCCUCCCCUCGGCUUUUACCCCCAUCCAAUGCCAUUGAAGCUGUUAGGAAAAGUUUGAAAAUUACGAAGGAACAGCUUUUACACUGUUGGGAGAUACUAGUCUUUUUAGGUCUCGAACCUGACAAGCACAUGGAAGAUUUCGUUGUUGCAGUUUGGAGUAGAAUGCGAGAUGAUUUAAUUGGCGAAAGCUCCGAUGCUGAAGGGAAGCAGGUGGUUGAUGUUCCUACAGAUUAUGAUCAAGAGAUGUCAUUUGUGAUGUUCAGAUCAACAAGCAAUGCGACUGGCGUCGAUACUGAUGAAUCUCGGGCUAAUCAAGAGGAACAGCUCCAGAAGCUAGUAGAUGACAGAGUGAAAGAAAUCAAAUUGAUUGCACAGAAAGUAUCUGCAGAUUAAAUCCCAAGCAUUUUGAGUCCUCUAAUCCAAAAUCUGUUCUGAACCUGAAGCUGUGGCUGUGGCGUAUUUAUUAUUCGUCCCUGAUUAGUUGGAAAUGGAAAGAUUACCAGGACUUCCCCAGGAUCAUCUAGGGAAGUUUCCUAUAACUUGCUGAGUUCGUCUGGUACCUUAAAUCCUGUCUACUUUAAAGUAAGUAUCACAAUUCCUUGUAACAUAUAAACGAGUGUAUUCGUAGCUGUAGGAAAAAGGCCGCAGAAAAGUAGUCUGUAUUAGGAACUUAGGCCGCAGAAAAGUAGUCUGUAUUAGGAACUUAGGAUAUGUGCUUUUUUUUUUUUUAUAUUUUAUUGAAUUAGAAUCUAAAUGGAUAGAGCCUUUUUGCCCCUAA